AUGGAAGGCUCUUUCGGUGCGACAAUUAGAUCCUUCUGGCAUACUAUGACCAGUUAUGACAGACAUUCCUCAUUCGAUUCCCCUUACCGAACCGGUCGCCAUGUCCCUCUGCAGAAUGGUGGUCGGGGUGGCAUCAUGACUGGCGUAGCGACAGCCUCCGAUUCUCGAAACGACGUCUCAUCUCCUUACUCCGACGAAACAGGUCGAGCCUCUCCACAUCUUGAUGCUAACACCUUCGCCCCGACGAGUGCCCCCUAUUCUCCUGGUUUGAGGUCAAUGAGCGCUCGCAAUGCCAGCCAAGGCGAUGGCUUCGAGGUGCAAAGCCCUGGCGACGUUCCCAUGCAGAACUUUUCCGAUGGCCUUCCGCCUGCUCCCCCAGUUGCCCACUCCUGGAGACGCAUAGAUUCUUGGGCCGAUGACAACUACCCAGAGCUUUACGAUCAGCUAUGCGAGGGUGCUACCAACAACGACUUGAACGACCUGGAGCACCAACUUGACUGCUCCCUUCCCCAGGAUGUUCGAGACUCUCUUAUGAUUCAUGACGGUCAAGAGCGAGGAGGAAUGCCUACCGGAAUUAUCUUCAGUCACAUGUUGCUGGAUUGCGAGGAGAUUGUGCAAGAAUGGGAGAACUGGAGGACCGUUAACCAACAGUUCUUACUUGAGACAUCGGUUGCUAAGCCCUCCACUCCUUCCAAGGCUUUCGGCGGCAGUAAUGAGGCCUCUUCGUCUAAGCAAGGUGGUUCGGCUGGCAACAGCCCUGGUCCCUGGAGACAGGACCUCCUGUCUCGCCAGGACUGUGUCCCUGCGAACGCUGUCCAAAAGGCAUAUGCCCACAGCUCUUGGAUCCCUCUGGUUCGUGACUGGGGUGGCAACAACUUGGCUGUUGACCUGGCGCCUGGUCCUGGUGGUCAAUGGGGUCAGAUCAUCCUCUUUGGUCGUGACUACGAUACCAAAUACGUUGUCGCUCGUUCUUGGUCUGCCUUCCUGGCUGUUGUUGCGGACGAUCUCAACAGCGGAAAGUGGUACGUAGACGAAGAGACUAACGAGCUCAAGCUACGAGAGUUCAAGGAGACACGGGUUGAGCCUUCGUAUUUCAGCAUUCUGAGGUGGAGGAUGGAUCAGAAGUACGGACGACGCGCAUCGAACAGAAGGUCUAUGGGCCCCAAGCCCCAGUCUCCGUUGGGCUCGCGUUCUUCUUCCCCCUACGGCAGUGGUGGUGAGAACGGCGAGGGCCGAGGCCGAUCCAUGCAACGCCUCAGCGGUUCAUCCCCGUUGGCCAGCCCUCGACCCGGUGCUGGGCCUGGGUAUGGAAAAGCGACUCCCCUGAGCCGAGUAACGGAAGAGGCAGCAAUCCCCGAACUUGCCGACGCCUAUAUUCAACCCGAGAAGCUCGUAGAGGUCGAAACUCCCCGACAGAGCCAAGAUAACAAGACUCCCAAUGUCUCUGCCAUCCCUCGUGUGGAAUCCGACCUCCUUAAGGUGGAGGAAGAGCCUUCGCCUAAGGCGAAUGGCAAGAAGCCCGAGGUGGUGGACGAAUCAAUGAAGACCAUCGAGAUUUAA